AUGCCACUUCACCUUCCUGCCACGUCAUCUCCUUCCUGGCACGUCAUUCCCAUCCUGCCACGUCAUCCCCCCCCAUCUUGUGCCACAGCCCUCAGAGUGCCUGUCAUAGUGGAGAAGCGAUUUCGAGAUGAAAUGCUGACGUGGACCAAUGGCGCGCGAGUUCAUGUGAAGUCCAGCUUCAUGCUGACAGGGAUGGAGAAAGCCAGAAUCGCAUCCAUGGUUCGCCAGCAGGUUGAGUCGAGUCAGAAAGGCGUGGGAGCAAGCGGCAAGGCGGAUGAUGGGAGUGAAAGGUUGAGGGUAAUGGAUGGAGAGGAGGGGGGGAAGGGGGAGGAAGCUCGGAAAGAACAGGGAGGGGAAGAGGAUGGAAAGGAGGGCGGAGGGGAGGGGGGAGAUAAGAGGGUAGAGGAAGGGACAGCGGAGAGGGGAGGUGAGGCUGCAACUGCUGCUGCUGCAGAUGGUAGUGGUGAAUCUGCUGCUGCUGGUGCCGCUGGUGGCGCUGGUGGUGGCGCUGCUGGCAACGACGCUGCUGCAGCUGCAGUUGCCGGUGGGAUUCAUUCUGGUGAAUUCUGUCUUGGACCGGGAGGGGACGAGAGUGUAAGGGGAGGAGGGGGAUGGGGAGCGUACCACAGACAGGGCGCACAGAUGAGGAGAGCUGCUGCGACCAGACAGGGUCGAGCCCAGCCACAGCCACUCUCCUCUUCCUCCACCAUCUCUGCUGUUGAGGAGGGCGGAACACAGCCACAGCCACAGCCAUUCCCCCUCUCUUCUUCUGCCACCACAUCCAGCAGUAGCCCUUCCUUCAGCCGCCGCUGGUCUACAGGAGCGAGCCAUAGUGCCACUGGGGGGGAUGGCAGCAUGUUCGGGUCAUUCACCAGCUCUGGCGCUGUUGAAACUUCUCAAAAAUCGCUCACAGGGGGGGAUGGCAGCAUGUUUGGGUCUUUCACCAGCUCUGGCGUUGAGAGUGCUGGUUUGCAUGCAUCAAUCACAUCAGGUGCGGUCACUACUGCUGGUAAUGCAGGCUUGGAGGCGCAGACUAGGGCGGGUUCGGGCUCCGAACGUGGAGAAGGUUCGGGCAGCGGAACAGCCUCAGGCUCGGGUGUGGCUCGGGAGAUUUUCUUCUCCAAAGCUGCAACUGUUUCAGCUGUUCCAACGACCUGGGUUGGCAGCAGCAGCGGCAUCGGUGGUGGUGGUGGUGGUGGUGGUGGUGGUGGUGGUGCGAGCAGCUGUCGCCUGGGCGAUUUCCUUUUCGGCGCAACGCAAGAGGAGGCCCCUUCCUCGUUCCCGCCCCGUAGGUCCAGUGACGUGGGAUCGCUGACUCAGCUAAUGUACACGUGGCAGCAGCAGGGCGUUUCAGCGGCCAGCUCAGCUGUCAGUGGCGGUGGUUGUGGCGGCAAUGUCACCACCACCAACAGGGGUUGUGAUGGCAGGGGCACAAGUUGCAAUGGCGACAGUGGUAGUGACAGUGGCAGUGACAGUGGCGGUGGCAGUGGCAGUGCUAGUGCUAGUGCUGCCUCUGAGAGCAACCUUGAGAGGGCCUCUCUGCGUCCUUUCCCUGGUCGGUACAGUGAUGUCAGUGGGUGGCGGAGGGUCAUGGGGAGGGGCGCGCUAGGGGGGGAACAGGGGGAGCUUGUGGGGAGAGGGGAGGGUGCUGUAGGUAGGGCGGGGGUGAUGGGGCGGAGGGAGGGUGUGGGGCGGGGAGAGGGUGUGGGGAGGGGGGAGGGUGUGGGGAAAGGGGAGCACUUGGGGCUCCUGCUGCAGCGGUGGGCAGAGGAUGACCGGUUCUGGGAGGAGGUGCGCAGACAACGGAGGGAGGGGCAGGGAGGGCAGGGGGAGCAGCGGGUGUUGAGAAGAGGCCAGGGCGCUGAUGGCAGUGCCGGCAGUUUGAGAGCACUCGUGGGAGGCCCAGCAAGGUCGGAAGGGAGUGUGAUGGGCAGGUUGGAAGGGGGAGGAGAUGAUGCGAUCGCACAUGCAUGUGCUCGUCUCUCCCAAUGCCAACUGCUCACCUCCCGCCCCCUUGAGGCGCUCGCCGUAGGAGGGGUGGCUGUGCUGGGAGCAGCAGCGGUGCUCAUGCCUCGCCCGCCCUGCCUCGUGGUGCUGGCCAUUGGAGGGGUGGCUGUGCUGGCAGCAGCAGUGCUCAUACCGCACUCUCCUUCCCAGUGCUGGUUUUUGUCUACAUUCGCUCACAUCUCCUCUCCCCCCCCCACUUCUCAGGUGCUCGCCAUUGGAGGGGUGGCUGUGCUGGCAGCAGCAGUGCUCAUUCCGCGCUGUCCUUCCCAGUGCUGGUUUUUGUCUACAUUCGCUCACACCUCCUCUCUCCCCCCCACUUCUCAGGUGCUCGCCAUUGGAGGGGUGGCUGUGCUGGCAGCAGCGGUGCUCGCCAUCGGAGGGGUGGCGGUGCUGGCAGCAGCAGUGCUCAUUCCGCGCCGUCCCAGGCAGCAUGUGGAGGCACUGACGCCCCUGCAGGUGGCGCAGCGAAUGAGGUGA